AGCUAUAAGACAUUUAAUGUAGUGAUGGAAGAUUAGCAGAUGCUGUGAUGAAAAGUGAUACGAAGUGUCAGAUUUUGGGAAGGGUGUGUUUACAUUUGCCUUUAUUUUAAUAUGCUUUGUGUAUCUAUUUUCUUUUCUCAUAUAUUUUGAUUGCUGGUCGAUCAAAAUGGCGGACACUUUGUGGCGGGAAUGCGCAGACUGGUUAAUUAAACAGCAAGUAUUACUCCCAGAUCAUAGAGUUACAUGGCCAUCUGCUCAAGUAAUAGACUUGGUUUACACACUUCGUGAUGGUGUUCUGCUGUGUCAGCUUCUUAAUAAAUUAGUGAUAGGAUGUAUCGAUCUGAAAGAAAUAAGUUUACGGCCCCAGAUGUCGCAGUUUCUAUGUUUGAAAAAUAUCCGGACUUUUUUGCAAACAUGUCAGAACGUGUUUAACAUUCCUUCUGCUGAUUUAUUUGAACCUGGGAUGCUGUUUGAUUGUACAGAUUUUGGAAAAGUAUUGCAUACUUUGUCUGUGUUGUCAAAGACAGAUAAAGCUCAAGCAGCUGGAAUCAAGGGUUUUCCAUCCGUCAUAAAGAAUCAUGACUAUUAUAAUGAUGAAAUUUACCGAAACUUAGAAGAAAUUGCAAACCACAAUGAAGAAGAUACAAUGGUUCCUCUUGAAUUUCCUAUUAGUCCUCGCAGAAGUAAAGAGGAAGACAUUUAUGAGGAUCUUUGCUAUGUUACUCUUAGGAUGCGUGAGGUGUCUGCAUCUCAGACUGUGCAUCCUGUAGAAAAAAGGGAUUACUGUAUAAAAGAGUUGAUUGAAACAGAAAAAAAUUAUAUUGAAGCUCUGAAUAUGAUUAUAAAGCAUUUCAUGAGGCCUCUGAAGUCAGUAUUAACAACUGAUGUACGAAAAGUGAUAUUUAUGAAUAUAAAGGAACUGGCCGAAAUUCAUACAGGUUUUCACAGUGAAUUAUAUAAAGCAUGUACCUCUAGCCAUUAUAAAAUCAGUGAAUGUUUUCUUCACUGGAAGGACAAAUUUAUUGUCUAUGGUGAAUAUUGCUCUAAUUUACCUGCUGCACAAGAACGUGUCGAAGACCUUUGCAAUAAAAGUGAAGUUGUAAAUCAAGCUAUUUUACGGUGUCAGCAAGAAGCCAAUGGUGGUAAAUUCAAGCUUAGAGAUCUUCUAUCUGUUCCCAUGCAGAGGAUUCUCAAAUAUCACUUACUACUGAAAGAAUUAAUCAGAAAUACACCAAAAACACAUGAUGACUACUUUAGCUUGCAAAAAGCUUUAGAGGCUAUGCUGGACUUGGCUCAAUAUAUCAAUGAAGUCAAGAGAGAUAAUGAAACAUUACAAAUCAUUCGUGACAUUCAAGCCAGUAUAACUGACCUACAUAUGCCUGAUGAUCUUGAACUGAAAGAUUAUGGAAGGUUGUUGAAAGAUGGUGAGCUGAAAAUAAAAUCUCAUGAUGACCAUAGGCUUAAGAAUAGAUAUGUAUUUAUCUUCGACAAAGUAAUGCUGAUGUGUAAAUCAACAAGAAUAAUGGAUAAAAUUCUUUGGGGUGAACAGUACAGUUACAAAGAAGCUUUAGUUCUGCUGGAUUAUAAAGUAGAAGAUGUGGCAAAUACUCCUAAAGCAGGGAAUAGAGAUAAAUGGAGCUUCUAUUGGUUACUUGCUCACAAACAGAACAAAACUGCUCUCACCAUGUAUGCAAAAACUGAAGAAAUGAAACGAAAGUGGAUUGAGGCUAUUGAAAAAGCACUGGACAAUGUUAUGCCUGCAGCUUUAAGGUCCACAGACCACAUAUUUCAAAUGCAUUCUUUUGAGAAGCCAACAACAUGUACAGAAUGUGAAAAGCUGUUGAGGGGUUUAUUUUAUCAAGGUUAUUUAUGUUCAGUUUGUGGAGUAGCUGUCCACAAAGAUUGCAUUGAAGACGUAAGAUCUUGUGGAGCACCCCGCCUACCACCAAGACCUCCAUCAGCUACUAUUGUGCCUGAAAUUCUCAGGAGAAAUUUGUCUUCAGCUGGUGGAAAGCCAUAUAUGUUUAAAGUGAUAGCAAGGUUUCCAUAUCAUGGUCCUCCACCUGAUCAUCUCUCCUUUGACAGUGAUGAUGAAAUUUAUGUAACAAAACAGAUUAAUAAUAUGUGUUGGGAAGGUUAUGUUGCUAGAACUGGUAAAUCAGGUCGCUUUCCACCUGAUCAUGUUGAGAAGAGGCCACCGUCAUAUGAAAACCCUUUUACUUCAAGAAAUAAUGCUGCCAUUUGUGCCAUUCCUUCCCCAGAUUACAUUAAUACUAUGUUAGAGGGUCAUGAUUGGUUUGCUGGUGUUAUGGAUCGAGACACUGCAACAAAGAAGCUAGAAGAAUUGCCAAGUGGAACAUUCCUGCUAAGGAUUAGUCCAAAGCAGAAUGGGUCAUACGCCAUCAGUAUUAACUAUCAAAAUCAAGUGAAGCAUAUGCGUGUCUGCUCAGCAGAUAAUGGUCAACAGUUUUACUUAUCUGAAACAAAAUACUUCAAAUCUAUAGUUGAGCUAAUUAAUUGGUAUAAAGAAAAUAGCUUAGCUGAAAGUUUUAAUGGCUUAAAUGUGACUCUUAUGAUUCCGUACAAAAAAGCAAUUGCAGGAUUCAACAAUGAAAGUAUUAUAGGAUAUGCAGAAGCAUUGUAUGAUUUUCAAGGUAAUGCUCCUAAUAUGCUGUCCCUUCAUAAAGGUGAUCGAGUAGCUGUUCUGAGCAAAGCUGGGAACCAGAAGGGGUGGUGGAAGGGGCAGAUAGAUGAAAAUGUUGGGUACUUUCCUUAUUCUUAUGUGAAGGAAAUAUUUGAUUGAAAGGGAAUUUAGUCUGUGAUAAAAAUACAUUUUCUUCUUAUAAGCCUGCCAUCACAAGUUCUGGCGAAUUGGUGCUGACUUUUUUUAUCCAUUUAAUUCUGAAUCAUGUAGCAUCAGUUAAUAAAGUGGCUUGUAAGCCAGUGGCAUAUCAUUAUUGAACAUUAAUCAUCUGUUUGCAUGCAGUGAGCUUAGAGCAGCUGAAAGAAAUUUCUAUAUUUUACUGAUCUCUCUUUGCAAACAGCAUGCUUCCUCUCAUGCUUUGUAAACAGCAGAUUAUUUUUUCAUUUUGUAUAUAUGUACUUUUAAAUUGCCAAAAGAUGUAGUUAAGGUUAAUCAUGUUGAAUGUUGAACAAAUAUUUCUUGGUAAAAUUAAAUAAAUAUAUAUAUAUAUGUGUGUGUGUGUGUACACAUAUUUAAUUACCUGUGUUUGUUUGUGUGUAUAUAUGCCGUAAUUUCAUAUUCUUUAUUUGUGUAUAAUAAACUUUUUUUCUCAAAAAAUAAAAAUUUUAAUUUAUGUACUUGAAAGCAUAAUUUACAUUUAAACAGUACUUUGAAUUAUGUUUAUGGGGUUUAUGUUCCAUAGACAUAAAAAUUAAAUAUAGCCUGUGAUAUGGAGUUGUGAAAAACAUUGUUUGAUAUAUAAUAUUAAAAUGUAUUAAAAUAACUAUGUAAAGGUUCUUAAAGAGCAAGUGCAUGAAUGUAUUUUUGAUUAUAUAGCUUUUUGUACAAAUGAAAUGAAAAUACAGUCAUCAUGUUUUCAUUCAGAAUCAUUAUUGAUAAUUGUCGGAAGGAGAUGAAGGUUUUGUUGUUAAUUCGUUUAGUUAAUGUAAUAAUGUAAAAUUAAAUUAAUGCAUUGCAGAAAUUACAUUUUAUUAAAUAUCCUGUUUUUCUGAAA